GUUUGUCAGUGUUUCUCUUCUCCUAGGGAAUAACGCAGACGUAUAGGUUAUAUCGAAUUUGCGUACACAACGUCGUCGCACAUACGCAUUUAUCGAACUUGUAAAUUUUGUAAGAGAUUCUGUGAUAAUUGCAACCAAACGUGUAUCGUUCUGAAAGAGAGCAGGCAGCACAAUGUCUUUACGUUCACAUUCGCUACUGAGGGGAAUACACAAAGCGUACGGCAGAAAAUUCAGCACGGCUGUUAAAGUGGACGAGCAGCCGAUUCAAGUGUGCUCGUUCCGCACGACGGAGAACAAUCCAGUGAAUCACAAUGCGGACCACCUCGCCAGAGUGUAUACGGUGCCGACGGACGUGCAGCAGCAAAUCUUUCAGUACGGCGGCUUGCCUCGCACAUUUAUGAAGCAAGUCACCACCUUUCAAGAGUGCUCGCUGUUGGUCAGGCAACCUGCGAUCGAAAUUAUUUCCUACCUCAAUCAAGCCGACUAUACGAAGCCCGUCAACAAAUACGUAUUGUACGGAAAAUUUGGAACGGGAAAAAGUAUCACGUUAAGUCAUAUACUACACUAUGCCUUCAUGCAGAAAUAUCUGCUUGUCCAUGUAUAUUGGGCUGCUCAUUGGUUCGAGCACUUCAGAGAAAUCGCGGCUUCGACGUUAUCCCCGGGCUGCAUGGAUCUGCCAAUCGACGCUGGAAUAUGGCUGAAACAGUUUAAAUUUCAAAACUCGAUGUUAUUACCGCAAUUUGAUCUCAGAACAACCAAGGAUUAUGUGUGGAAUCAGCGCGAAAUGACCUCGCAGGGUGCUCCUAUCUUAGAGCUCAUUGACUUUGGUAUAAAUCGCAUGAAGUACGCUUGCGGCGUGGUGGACGCGCUGAUAAGGGAAAUAAAACUCGCUAGUACUGCGGGGAAGUUCAAGACGAUGGUCAUGAUAGACGGAUUCAACGCGUUCACAUCGAGUCACACGGGCAUCCUCGAUGACAACAAGGUGAUGGUUUUGCCUAAGCAGGUCUCGUUGGCGGUACCGUUCUUCGACAUAACGAAAAGCGAUUGGUGUAACGGUGCAAUUGUACUAACAGUAGACGAGAAGGCGAAUAAGGAACGACGGGAAUCCUAUCUUCCUAGAUAUUUGCUUGGUAAAGAAGGCUUCGAGCAUCUAGAUCCCUUCCUACCGGUUUUAGUGGAAGAUUAUACUAUUACGGAAUUCGAUAGUAUGAUAGAGUACUACAAAGAUCGCAAAUGGAUCAGAAACAUAACACCCAGUGGCCAGAAAGAAAUAGAAUUACUUACUAAUAAAAACCCGCGGGGUUUAAUGGAUCACUGUAAAUUCUUGUAAAAAUAAUUGAACACCGGGAUAUUUAUAAUACAAUUUCUAAAGUUA